CAAACUGGCUCUUUUUACUUGCAGGCUGCAGUUCUGCAUCUGGUGUCUUUAGUGGAAAUUUUUUUUCUCUCUGUCUCUCUCCGUUGUCUCUCUCUUCCCCUUUCUCUCUCUGUCUCUCACUCUCUCUUUCUCUCUCUCUCUCUAAACGUCUAGCUCCUUAAUGGAAUAGAAACAGUUUUGUGCUUGUAUGCGUGUGUGAGUGUGUGUGAAUGUGUGUUUAUGUGCAUGUCUGUGGGAUUCAGCAGAGUGACAAGUAGGGAAUGGCUCACUACUCCAAAUCUCCGUUAAGACGGUCCUUCAGUGAACACAUUAAGGAUUCCACCAACAAAGCAUGGGAUAUAUUCUGGAAAAACACAAGAGAAAAAAGACUUUCAGACUCGUUAUCUCUGGUGGCUUCAGUACUGGAAGACUAUCGUCAUGCAACACAGGUCUCAUGGCUGAAAGGAGAGAUUGAAGCAAAAGACGCCUGUGACUGGCUCAGAGCUGCCGGAUUUCCUCAGUAUUCCCAGUUGUUUGAAGCAUCUCAGUUUCCUGUUGAUAUUGAAGUGGUGAAAAAUGAUCAUGAAUUUUUAGACAGGGAUGCCACAGAGUCUCUUUGCAGGCGAUUGAAAACACUGAACAAAUGUGCAAUGAUGAAAUUGGAAAUUAGUAAAGAUAGAAGAAAGAGUGAUGAAUCAGAAGAUGAUGAACCUUGUGCUAUCAGCAACAAAUGGACUUUUCAAAGGGACAGCCAGCGAUGGUCUCGUGUAGAAACACUAGAAUCUCCUCAUUUAGAAAGUAUCUCCUUACCUGGGAGCCCUUGCUUUAAGAGCGUUGACAGUGACGAUAUCAUGUUCCCAGACCUGGGUGAGAAGCACGAGGUAUCAUCGGUUCACAGCAGCAGCAGCAGCAGUGGCGGUAGUGAUAAUAUCAGUCUGCAGAAAAAUGCUGAAAUCCACACCACAGACUUUGAGACAAGUCAACAUUCCUCAAGGUGUUCCUCUAUAAAAAUGCCUUCUGUACACUCUUCCUUCAGUGGCCCACCAUCUCCUAAUGAGGUCUUUGGAUUCAGCAGUUAUGGAAAAUGCUCAAAGACAAAGGGGAGAGGUUUAUUUAGGAAAAUGGAGAAGCUUCGACUGAGAAGUUCAAGUCAGAAGAAAAGCGGCCAUCCGAAGCUCAGGCCAUUUAUCAGUGCCCCUGUGCUUCGGGAGGGAUUUGAUGAAGAAAAAUUGAGAAACCUCAAUUGUGUCAAUGUUGCUGAACUUGAGGAGCAAUUUCAGAGUCAGAACCUGUCCUGCUCAUCCCGAACUUGUAGCAGUAGCAGUCCAUCGGAAAACAGUAGUACUGUAAGCACUCCCAGCCCUGUCCUUAGAACACGAAGCCAGAUCUAUAGAAAAGAAGGUGGACAGUAUGUGGAAAAUUUUAAUUUGACUUUGCCACCUUGUAGGACCCAAAAGAGCAAUGCAAAUGAGGGGGGUCAAAAUGAUCAUUUAAUUUUUCAUGUUCCACACGGUCACAAACCAGGAACAUUUCCCAAAGCACUUCAACAUGGACCAGCAUCAGCAACAGACAACACAUCAGUAAAUUGGAGGACUGGCAGUUUCCACGGCUACCGAAAGAGCAGAUUUGGGAGGGACAGCAGGGGGAGCAGUCCAAAGGAGUUGGACAGUGGACAGAACCCCCAAAAUUUGGAUAAUCGAAUAAGCAUUUAUGAUAAUGUCCCAGGAGUUCAUGUUCACCUGAACAAUGGUGUAAUAGCAGAUGUAGGUGAUGAUGAUGUGUUUGCAGAAAUGGAUGAUAUCAUGGAGCACGUGAAUGGCAUCCAAAGGCUGGUGGGCAAGUGGACAGAAAAAUUUUCCGAUGAAGGUGAAUCAGAUUCUGCAAAUGACUCUACAUCUUACCCGUCUUCUCCAAAGGACAUCCAUUUGGAGAUAGAGAAACACCUUGGGAGGGUUAAUGAGGAGUUGCCAGCUAACAUGGCUGAAAAGUCUGUUGAAUUAGACGCAUCAGAUGUCCAUUUUGAGAGAGACUCUGGAGUUGGUUCAUCUUUAAAGCAUGCUAACAGGCGAGAAAGACCAUGUUGGCCCAGUGAGCAGAACUUGAACCAUCAGAAUCUCCAUCUGCAAAUUGACAGCCAGUCUGCUGCCCAGCUCAACCUGUUACAGAAGCUAGCCCUUCUUAAGCUCACUGCUCUAAUGGACAAAUACUCCCCCUCCAGCAAGCAAGGCUGGAACUGGACUGUUCCUAAGUUCAUCAGAAAGAUAAAGGCUCCUGAUUUUAAAGAUCGAGUGGUUUUUGGAGUUCCAUUGCUGCUGAACGUGCAGCGUACUGGGCAUCCUCUACCCAAAGGCAUACUGCAGGCCAUGUACUUCCUGCGGAGCCAAUGCCUGGACCAGGUUGGAUUAUUUAGAAAGUCUGGAGUGAAAUCAAGGAUCCAGGCAUUACGAGAGAUGAAUGAGAACUCUCCAGACGGUGUCAGCUACGAAGGGCAAUCUGCAUUUGAUGUGGCUGACAUGGUGAAACAGUACUUCCGUGAUCUACCCGAACCCUUAUUUACUACAAAGCUAUCUGAGUCAUUCCUUCAUAUUUAUCAAUACCUACCAACAGACAAGCAAUUACCAGCUGUUCAGUCAGCCAUCCUGCUGCUCCCAGAUGAAAACCGUGAAGCUCUGCAGACUCUCCUCUUCUUUUUCUGUGACGUUGUAGCCUGUGUCAGUGAGAACCAAAUGACUCCUACCAACCUUGCUGUUUGCCUGGCUCCCUCCCUCUUCCACCUCAACACCCUGAGAAGGGAAAGCACUACCUCGAGGGUAAGCCAGAGGAAAUAUAGCCUGGGGAAACCUGACCAGAGGGAUCUAAGUGAAAAUCUUGCAGCCACACAAGGAUUGGCACACAUGAUUGCAGAGUGUGCAAACCUCUUUCUGGUUCCUGAGCAAUGGGCAAGGCAAAACUCGAUCAUCAGUCACCAAUUCCAAAUGGAUUGUACUGAUGUUCUAAAUGAUUCCGAAUGGUACUUUCGCAUCAAGACUGCACUACAGAUCUCCUUGCAGAACCUGCUGAAGGAGGCGAAGGAGAAAUUUAAAGGUUGGACCAGUAGCUGCAGCUUGGAACAAGUAGAAAUCGCAUGUAAGAAGGUAGAUGAUAAUCAUCCUUUGCGCUUGUGGAAAGUGUCUACUGAGGUGGAAAAGCCAGCAGAGGAGAUCCUGAAACACUUGCUGAGGUCGCAUCAUCUUUGGGAGAAAGACCUCCUCCAGUCAAAAGUCGUUAAGACGCUGGAUGAUGAGACUGAAAUAUAUCAUUACACCAUCAGUAGUACCAUCCCACACCCAGACAGAGAUCAUGUAGUUUUGAGAACCUGGCAGGUAGAUUUUCAAACAGGAUUGUGUAUGUUAGCUGCCACAUCUGUGGAUGCCAAAGAAGUUAUUUUACAGGGAGUCCAAGCAAAUGUAAUCACGUUCCAGUAUCACAUUGAGCCAGUCGGACCCACAAAAUCCAAACUCGUUCACAUCCGUAGAAUAGACACAAGAGGUCGAAAUCCAGAAUGGUACAACAAAGUAUAUGGCUAUCGCUGCGCUGCUGAACUCCUCAAGAUUAGAGAUUCCUUCACUGCAUCUGAUACUGAACUACGAGAAACAAAUAUAUGAAACUGCAAUCUAAAAUUAAAAAGCAGAUGCUGGAAAUCUGAAAUCAAAUCAGAAAAUGCUGGUGAUACUCAUCAGGUCGAGCAGCAGCCGUGGAAGAGGAUAUAAUUAAUCUUUCAGAUCAACAACAUUCAUCAGAACUGAAAUGUUAACUGCCACCCUCUUUUUUUUUGUUUAUGAAACUUACUUUAAUGGCUUAGUUUCACAAAGUUUAAACCAAAGCAACAGAUGUGCUUAAAAGUGCAUACCAGAAAAUCUAGCAGAACACGGUACAAUGAUUGGAAGAGUGGCUGUACAAAGGAAAGGGGCCCCAGCCAGUUUAACACAGCUACUGCUUUGGUGGGGUGCUUGGGGAAACUGGUGGUUUGGGUGGGGGUGAAUGGUUGAACAUCUGUUAAGAGUUUGAAAUAUUAAUCAUGAAAUUUUGUCCCAAAUUCUUCUAAGUUAUGCAUUCCCUCCCCUACCUCAUUUGGAAGCAUUUCUUCUAUUUGCUUUGGCAUUCAAAGGGAAAUUCUAAAUCACAACAGUAAAGUUUAUGGAGUUAGCUGAAAAUUGACCUAAUGUCCUCAUUGCAAACAGCCGAUUUUAACAGGCGUAAAGCUGACCGGUUGCCGAGUGAUGUCAGCCUGGAUUUAUUUAAGUAUGUUUAAUCUGGUUUUAUCAGUGGGAAAGGGAAAAGUUACAACAGAUGCCCAAGAUUACUUUGUGGGAAUCUGAGAACAGUUGUCCUUCGUAUCAAACAAAAAAUGUUUAGAACUGAGGUCUCUACUUCCUCAGUGGGUUUAGGGAGGAGGCUGUCUCUAGUGACUUCAUUUAAUUUUUGUAAUGUCAACUUGGAAAGAAAAGAUAAAGAAUUUUACGAAUUUAUAUUUUAAACGAUUUUCAAAAACAAAACCAUCAGUAAUUAAACAAUGACACAAAUAUUUCAUUGAACCAGGUGUCACAGGCUUAAGUUAUUUGUUCUAACUGCAUUAACUUUUGAGUUAGAUGAAUAAUGAUGGUGCAUAUCUUAACUUUGUUUCAUUCAGUAGUUAAUUGUUAUCACACAAUGUGCAAAUGCCAGUAAUAUGGCCAUAGAACCUAAAUCAAUUUAGCAAUAGAAUGUAUGCUCCCAUCAGGGUACGUGUAUUUUUUUUAUCCGAUGUCAUGAAUGACUUGUUAAACUAACGCAAAAAUGACCAGUCUGUUUGCCUAUUCAGAUUACAUUUUAAAUAUGAAAAUUAUGCUUUUGUAAUGAGAACACAGUACUGUACCCGAAUAUGAUGGAGAUGUGAAGAGGAACAAGUGAGGUUGAAAUGUUAACUGAGUAAUCCAGUUUUGCAAAACAUUUGGUGUUUUCUGAAGAACUUAAUGAUUUUAUUCUUCAGAAUUAAAUUAUGACUUGAUAGGAUGGUAGCAAAUUUAUAUUUUAAAUCUUGUAUCUAUUCUGAUUUAUUGAACCAUGCAACCAUUUUACGUAUAUAAUAGUUUUUGACCUCAGUGGUAAGAUAUAACUUCCAUUUUAUCAGGCUGAUGUCAUAAACUGGUCAGUAAUUUCACCUAAUAUAUAAUUCAGGCAAAGUAACCAAGAGGAAGCUUGUUAAAUGGAAAUACUUUGCCUGUAGCCCAUGUUGCUUGCUUGGUUCAGUACUCUGCCAGCAUUUACUGAUUUAAAUUGAGACAGUAUUAACUGACUAGUGGUGCUGUCAGAUUGUGUCAAAAUGUGCCAAAUUAAUGAUGAUAGUUUGAACUACUUCAGGCCAAUGUUGGUUGGUAAGAAGAUGGAAAAGUUCAUAGAAAUUUAUUAUGCAAAGCAGGAUUGCAUGUAAAAACAGUUUGAAUCAAUUAUUUGUGCAAAUAAUUCCAGUAUUACUUUGACUAAAGUGUUUUACAUGCUGUAGAUGUACAAGAUAUUACAGUAAGUUCAUGGAUGUUGAGCCUUGGUAUAAAACCUGUCUGUGCAGAUACUGGAUUAGCAAAAAUGCAGCUAUUUAUAUUUAAAAGUGAUUUAUGUUGAUUUUAUUACUUGCAGCCAAAAUUAAGAAUCAAAAUGCUAUUUAUGUAUAUCUAUACAUUUUGUACUUCAUUUAUGUAAAUAUUUACUGCAUCUUAAACUCAUUCAGAAUGUCCAAUAAUUCACUAUCCCAUUUAUUGAAAAUGUAAUGACAAUUGUUUAAUGUAGGAUUGCAUAUAUAAUAUAAAUCUUAACUUGAACCAGGGAGUUUUAUUUCCUUCUUUAUUAGCUUUCAAUUUCAUCAAGCCGUGUACCAGAAUAUGUCAUGAUAUUUGUCUUUGCAGCAGCGGUACAAUGCAAUAGAUAAUAGGGAAAGAAACUGAAUUACAGAAAGUGAAUUCCAGUUAAUUUUACCAGGCCAAUAAGGGACUAAUGGCCCUUCAACUCAUCACAUGAACCAAACAUCAUGUAUGCUAGAAGUACUUGUGUCAAAGGUUACCAAUUGUGGCGGUAAGUCAUUUACCAGUUUGUUCUCCGACUGCUGAUGGUGCUGUUUAUCUUGAAUAGUGCUGGCAGAUUUUUGGUUUCGCAGCUUCCAUUGCACCAAUAUUGUUGAGCACUACAGCACAGAAACAGGCCCUUUGGCCCAUCCAGUCCAUGCCGAACUAUUAGGCCCAUUGGCAUACACCCAGACCAUAACCCUUCAUACUCCUCCGUGCCUGUCCAAAUUUGUCUUCAAUGCUGAAAUAGAACCCACAACCAACCACUUCUGCUCGCAGCUUGUUCCGCACUCUCACCACCCUCCCGGGUGAAGAAGUUUUCCCCCUCAGGUUCCCUUAAACAUUUUGCCUUUCACCCUUACCCAUGAUCUUUUAGUUUGAGUCUCACUCACCCUAAGUUGCAUUUCCCCUCCCUAUGCCCCCGAUCAUAUUAUAUAUCUAUAUCAAGUCUCCCCUCAUGCUCCCACCCUCCCUCAAAUAAAGUCCUAAUCUAUUCAACCUUCUAAAACUCAGGUUCUCAAAUCCUGGCAUAUGAUUUGUAUCAGUGGAAUGUGAACUAGGCUUGUACUAAUUUUUAAUAUUUUUAAGCAAGCUUAGUAAUCAGUUACUAAAUGUAAAGAGUUGAGA